GUUCAGCAUAUAAUUGUACUUAAAGAUAUACUAAAGGAAUUUCAUUUCAUGGAUGUCAAUUUCAAUGACGAAAACGAUAUUUUUGAAAAUCAGAUUUACUUAAACGAACAUGAUUAUUAUAAGCUUCCAGAAUUUGAAACACUUUCACAUUACGUUGUAGAUGUUGUAAGCUAUAAAUCUGGAUUUGUAGUAAAGAAAGUUAAAAAAAUUGUUAAAUGUAAUGUUUGUAUUAGCGCUUUAACUUCAACUGAACAUACAUCUCGACUUGUAAAUCUAAAACAAUAUUCUUCAAACACAAAGGGUGGACUCAUAAAUGCAUCACCUGAUGUUAUUUAUUUGUGUAAACUAGCUGAAUCAGAAUUUAGAAUAAUUGAACAAACUAACAAUUUGAAUAAAAAAAACAUUAUGGAGGUAUUAGUCAUUAAAUGUUUACGAAAUAUGAACAAAUCAGUUUUUAAAAGUUUACAUGAUCAUAUGUUUGAUGAAGAUGCUCAAGGAAAUCAUAUAAUAUCAUUAGUCAAAAUUAUUAUUGCCAAUUAUUUAAAAUUAAGACUUCAUCAUAAAGCAGAUUCGAUUAAUGACGUACGAAAUAAUAAACGUGUUCGUAGUGUAUUAACUAAACAGAUUUUAUUUUCAAAUCAAUAAGAUUCAAAAUCACAGAAUAAUAAAAUUGUACUAUUUUAUGAUUUUAAGCGUAUAUAAAUCUGAGAGUCUACAAUGAGGUAACAAUAUACUAGUUCUAAAUAUAUCAUUUUGGUAAAUUAAAUUUAAUAAUAAUUAUGUUUUAAUUAAUAAAUAACUCGUUAACUAGGAGAAAAACCGAGAUAGACAAAUAGAUAGAUAAAUGAUAGUAUAAUACUAAGGAAAUAAGAAAUUAAGAAUUAAAAAUUUGUAAGUAAGCUAUUAAUCAAAAAUAUUCUAUUGGGAUAGCUGGAAUACUAUCUAUAGUCCGGCCGCCGGCCGGCGUUAUUGCCCAAACGUGACGUCACACGCUACAUGAUGUUGGCGUCAAGAUAUUUACCGUAUGCCGCGUCUAUUAGCUUAUAUGGUCGAAGUUAUGACCGAUAAUCAAGACGCAUGAUUUCUAAACUUAUAAUAGAGUUUUGAGUAGAGUGGUUCUAAUUGGCCCCAUAUUUUUAUGGCGGUAAAUUCAAAACUAUAAAAUCAAAUAAA